AUUAGCCAAACAAGCAUCCACGACAUCCAAUUCAUGAAUGCAUGCCCUAGCUAGCUUGCGGCCACAGAAGUAAUGAAGAAUUCAAGCCUUAGCCUAGCCUAGCUAGCUUGAUCGAUCCAGCCGGCCAGCCAGCAAGCUUGUUGAUCGCCGGCGACGGCUAGGGUGGGGCGGGGAUGGCUGAGGUUGCGGUGGCUGCCGUUACCUCGCUGCUGGGGCAGAUCCGCAACGAGGGACUAUUUCUGGGGCGCGUGAAGAGCGACGUCCGGUUCAUCAAGCAUGAGAUGGAGAGCAUGAGGACCUUCCUGGAGCACCUGGCCGAGACCGGCGGCCACCACGACCCGCAGGUCCGGACGUGGAUGGAGCAGGUUCGGGAGCUCGCCCGCGACUGCAGGAGCUGCGUCGACAUCUACCUGCAGCGCGGGAACCGCGGCGGCACCCUCCGGCGAUACCUCUGCUGGGCCCCUUGGUUUGUGCAGAGCAUGGUGCACCAGCACUACGCUGGCAUCGAGCUGAGCGAGCUCAAAGAGCGGGCGUACGACGUUGCUCAGCGUCGCAAGAGGUACGGCGUGGUGGUCGCCCCCAAGCUGGAAGCCAUGCCCCCGGCAUCGUCGUCAGAAGCUGAAGACUACGAUGCAACACGCGACAAGUUAGCUGGUGGCAGCAGCAAUUCUGAUCUCGGUCGAACAAGUGUUCUGGAGGGUCGCUUUCUGGAGAACUACUGUGGCGAGGAGCUUGCCCACUGGGUGAUGAGCACGGCGACAAUGGGAUCGUCAGCUUCGACGACAUCAAUACCAUCCAUCGCCAUUGUAUCGCCACCGAUACAAGAAGCUGAUGAUACAGCAGAGAUGGUUGCAAUACAUGAUACUUUGGCUUCUGUGGCGGCCACCCAUUUUGAGCACUCACUCUUGGUCUACCUCCCGGCAGUGCAUCACAACCCCUCCCAUAUCCGGAUCAAACUCAGGGUCAUCCUCUGCUACAUCCUGUAUCAAUGCGACAUGGAGAAGGAGAGCUGGCACUCCCGAUGGGGCCGCGAAUAUUUAAGCAUGGUGGACGAAUAUCGAACAUCGAAUCCGGUGUAUGCCAUGAAAUGUUACAUUUACAAAUUGAAGAUCGCUGACAUCUGUAAGGGUGACACUUUCAAGAGACUUGUCCAAAAUAUUAUACAAAUAGGCAGGAUGGUUACUAGACUCAACGGUGAGCUUGAAAGAAGUGUAGAUGCUAUGCUCCGAUUGACGAACAAGAAACCCUUGUGCAUACUCUUGAAAGCGCUGGAUUACCUUGAAUGCGGCGCUGAUUUCUCUGACGUGGAAAAGUACCACCAGCUUCGAGUUGAGAGGAUGCCAUUUCAAUUUAAAAUGCUACAAUUGGACGAAGAAAAAUUACUAGUGGCAACGGCCCAGAAGCUUAAAGGGCAUUUUGAAACUAACAUCCCGAUUCAUCUCAGUCAAGCCACAUAUGAAUCCAUCCUGCGUGAAGUGUUCCAAGCCAGCAACAAAACCCUACAGGCCCAGGAAGGUACCACUGCUCCCAGCCCAGGCGUUGGUACUAGUCAUGAUGUUGCAACAGCUACAACUACUACUACAUUCGACAAGGAUCAAAUCGAAGAAAUGAUAUACAUCCACAUGGCCGAGCUAGCCACACCUAAACCAGCCGAUCAGGACGACCAUGAAUUUACAAGUGCUAUCGAAGAAACCAAGCGAAAGAUCGCACAAGUCGGGUCAGAGAUUGGGGAACAGUUUCUUAUCGAAUGCUUAGUUGACGAGAUUAAAGAACUUUUGGGAGGUAAAAGGACCUUGAUUAUCAUUGAAGAUGAUAAGAACUAUGUAUCCCAGUGGUAUGGGCUCAGAAAUUCUUUGAAGCAGCUAUCAUGCUCAGGCAGCGCAAUGAUUGUGACCACCCAGGACACUCAAAGGGCCAAAGAAAUUUGCUAUCCACCAAGGGAGCCUAUAACCAAUUCUAUUGUUGGCAUGUACCAUGAUAUUUUGCUCAAGGUUACAAGCCAGCGAGUGAAUGGAGAUGCCAGUCAGAUUUUCCGUGACAUCCUGAACAAGUGUUGUCCAAGUGAGUUCUGCAUGAAGACCUUUGCUCAUGCCCUGUACACUAAUCCCAAUAGGAGCAAUGAAGAUAUGUGCAAGUUGCUUGGCUCCCUUCAUUCACAGCAAUCAUCGGGCAUCAAUGCUGAGAAGAUGAUCAAGUUCUCCUACGAUGAUCUCCGUAAAGAAUACAAGUCUUGCUUGCUGUACCUAUCAAUCUUCCCUCAUGGUUACUCCAUUAGGCGGUCAACCUUAGUAGAAUGUUGGGUUGUAGAAGGGCUCAUAACUAAGGAAGACUGGCCUAGUGCAAUCCAUCAUGCUGAGCGAUGUUUCGACACACUCAUUGAUCGAUGGCUUAUCUAUCCCAAUGAUAUUGGAGCUGCAGGAAAGAUAAAGAGUUGCAUUGUAGGUAAUCUUGUUCAUGAGUUCAUCACCAAGAUUGCAAAGAAACAACAUAUUGUGGAACCACGCCUGUCACAUCAUUUGGCUCGUCAUUUCUCCAUCUUCAAUGAGCUCCAACUCCGCGGCUCGGAUAGAAUCGACAGGUUCUUCAAGAAUCUCUCUAAAUCAUCCCAAUUGUCAAUGCUUAAAGUGCUAGAUCUAGAAGGCUGUUGUUGCUUCAAGGGGAAGGAGCACUACCUCAAGGACAUUUGCAGCAAUAUAUUACUACUCAAGUAUCUGAACCUAAGGGGAACGGAUAUUACCAAGCUACCUCAUCAAAUCAACAACCUCUAUGACCUGGAGGUAUUGGAUAUCCGGCAAACUAAGGUGCCUGCGUUUGCAACAAAGCAUGUCCUGCUCCUGAAGCUAAAACGUCUGCUGGCUGGUUCAAGUAUUAGUGAGACCACCAUGUCUAUCAGGGACAAGGAGCCAUUAUCCUCCUAUGUCCGAAUUCCUCUUGGGAUAAAAAAAAUGGCAAACGUGGAGGUAUUAUUCAAUGUCAAGGUCUGGACUGGCCAAGAGUUGAAAGACAUUGGGAAGCUAUGGCAACUGAGGAAGCUCGGUGUGGUUAUCGACGACAAGGACAAUCUACUCAAGAAUUUGCUUACAGCAAUUAGUGACUUAUGUGAGUGCCUCCGGUCUCUGUCCAUCACUAUUGUUCCCUGCAGUACCAAAAGAGAGGGCACUCCAUCCAUUGGAGACUUACCAGAGUAUAUUUCCCGUUGCCUGAAAUACCGUCCCAAGCUUCUUGAGAGCCUGUGCCUCCAGGGUACCACGCAAAAGGGCGAGCUUCUUACAUUAUUGGCUGAACGUUUUACUAAGCUUGUCAAGGUAACAUUGAGUUGGACCUCAUUGAAACAGAAAAAUCUGGAGGGUCUUGGUGAUCUGCCCAACUUAUGCUAUGUUAGGUUCAGAAACAAGGGAUACACAGAUGGCAAGCUCACCUUCAUUCAGCAAAAAUUCAAAAAUCUCAAGUACUUUCUUGUCGAGGGCAAAAACAUGAGAGGCAUCAAAUUUCAGAAAGGAGCAGCUCCAAGGCUCGAGAAGAUUGUAUUGUCCUUCACCAACAUAGAGUCUCUUGAUGGAGUCGGGGACCUUCCAAGACUGGAAGAGCUCGAGUUGAAGAGAAACAGGUUCCUUCUUUCAUUAUCUGAAGUGGGAGAAACUCUCGAGAAAUACAUGCUCACCUUCAAGAAGGAUGAAUUCCAACAUCUCAAGUACUUACUUGCUGAGGGUUUCAGCAAGAGCUUUGAGACAAACAUAACCUUUGAAGAUGGAGCAACUCCAAAGCUUGAGAAGAUCAUCUUGAACUCCUUCGCCAACAUAAUGUCUCAUCCUGGGGUUAGUAGCCUUCCAAAAUUUAAGGAGCUCGAGUUGAAGUGCAACAAGCCACUUCUUUCAUCAUUUGGAAAUGCCAAUAAAAUUUCCAAGGUGACUCUUCACUCUACCUUGCUGAAGAAUGCUGAUCUACAAAUUCUCGCAAAAAUACCAAGCAUAUGCUGUCUAAUUCUCUUGGGCAAUUCUUACGAUGAUACCCUGCUUACCUUCAACAAAGGAGAGUUUCCCAAGCUCGACCUUCUUAUUGUUGAGUGCCCUACCAUCACCAACAUCAGCUUCACCGAAGGGGCAGCUCCUAUGCUUGAGAAGAUCAUCUGGUCCUUCACCAAGAUGAAUUCUCUCUCAGGCAUCAACAAUCUCUCCAAACUGAAGGAGCUCGAGUUGAUUGGUGACCUUGUCCCUGACCAGGUGAGGAUAGAUAUUAACACACAUAGAAAGCAUCCUGUUCUUAACCACAAGCAGCCACAGCCCCAAGACCAAGAAAAUGGAAGUGAACAAGGAGAAGAGGAGGAUCUAAAGUUUCCAGCAUGCUCCUGGUUGUCGUUGAAGAACAAGUAUUGGUCCUGGUUUAAGCUAUCUGAACGGGAGGAUUUUUCAGGCAUGGACGAUCCGAAUUACCCAAUAUUUGACAUGAGCGAGUACGACCCAAAUUUCGGCAUGGAGCAAGGUGGCAGCAUCCCUGCACCGAUGCCGGAAGAACCUGCAACCACACAGGUGGCUUCAGAAGGAUCAGGAACUGUGGCCGCGAGUGGGUCAACGGCCUCGUCCUCUAAAAGAUCGAGAACUUCCACCGUAUGGCAAAAUUUUGAUGAGAUCAAGGAGACCGGCCCUGAUGGUAAAGAGACUAAAUUAUAUGAGACAUUUGCCAAGUAUGAGAAUAAGUUUCAGGGACUUCGCCUACAAAGACCCCCAACUGUCUCUGUCGCUGGAACAACUGGUACUUUUCAAGGCACCCAAGAAUUGUCCUCCUACUUAGACAGUGACUGUACCAGCACUGAAGAUCUCAACGUCCUUGGAUGGUGGAAUGAUCACAAGACCCAAUAUCCCGUGCUCUCAAAACUAGCACGGGAUGUGUUCACGGUGCCCGUUUCUACCGUAUCCUCUGAAUCGGCCUUCAGUACAUGCGGAAGAAUUAUUGAGGACCGACGAAGAAAUCUAAGCAGCGAUAUGGUGGAAAUGCUGCUCAUCGUCAAAGACUGGGAGCUAGCUGCUGAACGUGCUCAACACUCCGCAGAGAACUUGGAAUUGGUUGCUCAGUUCGAAGAUCUCUACAUCGAUACAGAUGCACAAGAUUAG